UUGUUUGUGCCUCUGCUGUGAUUGGCUGGCUCUUGUGUUGUGAGGGCUGGGGCUGAAUAAAAGGCCAGCUGUAGGAGGAGACUGCAUUGAGAUUGUGAGGACCUGUGUUGUGACACUCAAGACUCUUUUUCCCUAGCGUUGGAUUUGUUUUACGCACCAGCACCAUGUGUAAAGGGCUCGCUGCCCUCCCAGCUACAUGCUUGAAAAGUGCCAAAGACAUAAAGCAUAAGAUUGGCUUCCUGCUUCAAAAGCCAGAACAACCUCAAGAUCAGAAGACUCUGAAGGAGAAGGAGAAGGUCACUGUGGUGAACAGAGUCCCUAUUGCUGAAAUUGAGAAAUGGAAAUUAUCAUUUAACAACCUGAUUGAAAAUGAAGAUGGUCUGAAGGCAUUCACUUCCUAUUUACAGUCCGAGUACAGUCAAGAGAACAUCGAAUUCUGGGAAGCCUGUGAGGAUUUCAAGAAGGCAUCAGUGGACAAGAUGAAUGUGAAAGCUAAAAACUUAUUUGAGCGAUACGUUGAAGUCGAUUCCCCUAGAGAGGUGAAUUUGGAUUCAGCCACCAGAGAACUCACUAGAAAGAAUCUGGAAAGAUGUGACUCAUCCUGUUUUGAGGAGGCUCAGAGCAAAAUCUUCACCCUAAUGGAAAAGGACUCAUACAGGCGCUUCCUGAAAUCCAAACUGUUCUUAGAACUGUCUCAACCACUGCUGGACAACAAACCCUGUAGUUUGGAAAAGAAAGGAAAGCGGCACGUUUCUGACUACAGUCAGUGCUUGCCUUGUUAUGCCUAACCUGAACCAUCUCAGAUGAUCAAAGUAUAUCAUGAACUUUGGCAUAAUGUGACUUCCACUCAUUUUGGCUGUUUAAAGCUUGUUCACGUUUAAGUGUAAAAUGGUGGAGUUGUAACUUCAGAGUCAAACUACAAAUCAUUAGGUUCAGUUAUUGUAAUUGUAACACUUUUAGCUUUGCAGCAUCAACAUUAAAAGUGUGUAGUUUCAUUGGUAGAGCAUGAUCUAAGCGGGUUUUGUGCAUGCAAUGUUUUCACCGACAACAGAAAUACUCCUCAACCUUGAAAUUCCAUUGAAUUGGCAUUGGGGAAACAAAAUAUCUAAAUGACUGUUACAGACAGAAAAUGUUUUUCUUUUUUAAAGAUUUUUUUUUUUAAGCUCUGAUGAGAAUAGGACCAUUAACAACACUAAUAAUAUCCAAUUGUAUUCUCUUUACUCUUGUAAUGCUCUGUAAUACUGUACAUAUAUUUACAUAUGUUUAUGAAUAAGCUCUUUUAUUUUUAAAGGUGAAGUACGUUCUUUCUACUUCAAAUGUGAAAUUUCCAGCAUGUCCUUGUAAUUUCUGGCCGUUUUUCAAAAUCCACAAAAUGACAAGAGAAUGUGAUAAAUGUGGAUGUGCGAUGUAUUACCUGUCACUGCCAAUGAUUUAGGAUGCGUUGUGUACUGAACCUUUGUCUUGGCUGUAAGGCAGACUUUACAUAUCAAAUCACAAAUGCUCCCGUUAGAAUAAAUGGCCAAAUGUGAGUUGUUUACAUAUUUGUUUACUGGUUCCAUAUUUAUUUUUUUCAUAUUUAUUAAUAAAAUGACAUAAUAAAGUUACAAUUGUA